CAUGGAAGACCCCUCAGGCUCUGGCGGCUGGCGGUUUGCCCAAUGCUUCGGUGACAAGGGCGAGGUCGAGGACAUUACCGAGGCCGACAUCAUAUCUACCGUCGAAUACGACUCGACAGGGAACUAUCUCGCCACUGGAGACAAGGGAGGUCGUGUCGUGCUGUUCGAGCGCAAUGAAAUGAAAAAAGGAUGUGAAUACAAGUUCUACACAGAGUUCCAAUCGCACGAACCCGAGUUCGAUUAUCUGAAAUCGCUCGAAAUCGAAGAGAAGAUUAACAAGAUCAAGUGGUGCAAACGGCAAAAUGCUGCGCAUUUCCUGCUGUCAACGAACGACAAAACAAUAAAGCUAUGGAAAGUAUUUGAGAAGUCAUUAAAAGUCGUGUCAGAAUCAAACCACUUCGACGGCGCUCGCCCGCUACCAACACCUGCUUCACCAAGUCAUCUGAAGUUGCCUCGCAUGACACAGCAAGACAAUAUUAUUGCUGCAGUGCCUCGCAAAGUCUACUCUAACGCCCACGCCUACCAUAUCCACUCUAUCUCUGUCAACUCAGAUCAAGAAACAUACAUUUCGGCGGACGAUUUACGAAUCAACCUUUGGAACCUCAAUAUCAGCGACCAGAGUUUCGACAUCGUCGAUAUCAAGCCAGUGAAUAUGGAGGAGCUCACGGAGGUCAUCACGGCGACAGAGUUCCAUCCGACGCAGUGCAACCUCUUUAUGUACUCUAGUUCGAAGAGUAACAUCAAGUUGGCCGACAUGCGCGACUCUGCGCUGUGCGAUAGGCACGCCAAAGGCUUCGAAGAGGAGGAAGAUCCCACGACCCGCUCGUUCUUCUCAGAAAUCAUCUCCUCGAUAUCGGAUGUGAAGUUCAGUCAUGACGGACGAUACAUCCUAUCUCGUGACUAUCUAUCGCUGAAGAUCUGGGACAUUAACAUGGAGUCGCGACCCAUCAAGACGAUUCCAAUCCACGACCACCUCCGCGGCAAGCUUUGUGACCUUUAUGAGAACGAUUGCAUCUUCGACAAGUUCGAGUGCGUCUGGGGUGGGGAUGACAGGCACGUGCUGACAGGGUCUUACCACAACUAUUUCCGGAUAUACGACGUGGACACGUUGAACGACGUUGUAUUACAAGCUGACAAAUCGGCGUUCAAAGCCAAGAAAAUUGGUGGACCCCUCCCCGGACAGAAAGGCCUGAAGAAUGGGCCAAGGGUUGGCGGGCUGAGGGAUGCUAUGCAGCUGGAGACUCUCGACUUCAACAAGAAAAUUCUGCACGCGAGCUGGCAUCCUCGGGAGAAUACCAUCGCGAUCGCUGCUACGAACAACCUGUUCCUGUACAGCGCGGCUUG